AUGACUUUCUAUCGCUCUAAUGCAGUGAUAUCUUUUGACUAUAGGCUUGAUGGCGUCACUCAACCAAUUAGUUCUGCCAAUUGCCUUCUAGCUCUCUAUAAUGCAGUCCGUUCGGUCAUUGAAUAUGGGUCUAUUGUUUGGUCACCAUAUACCACAGUUGACAUUUGUCGGAUUGAUCGUGUACAAAACAGUUUUAUGCGUUUCGCCGGUUAUUGCCUCAACAUUCCUCAUCCACCACAUGAUUAUGGGCCAUUAAGUCAAGCUCUGAGACUAGUUCCCCUUUCUGUAAGGCGUGAUAAUUUUGAUAUCACUUUUAUUCAGCAUCUGAUCGAAGGUCAAGUUGAUUCCCCAAGACUACUUGGAGAACUUAGCUUUCGUAUUCCUAGUAACACUAGGCUUCAAUGUAAUUUUUAUAUACCCACCAAUAAAUCAAACUUCUCCAGGAAUGCCCCACUUAUACGAAUGAUGCAUAAUGCAAAUAAUCAUAUAGACUAUUAA